CCACCAUUAUUGAACUCCCAUUCUUUCUUUCUUUCUUUCUUUAGAUCCACCCCCACACAACACAAACACACACAAACACUCAGUUAAUGUCAUAUAUUUGAGAAAUAUAUUCUCUGUCUCUAACACACACAUACUAACACAUAGCUCACCCUAUUGCACUCUAAUGUUGACAAACCACAUAUUUUGACUUUCACAAAUCAUCCAAACUUGUUUCCCCUUUAGUUGACUUCUAUCUUCAGGUGAGUUUAUUCCUGAUAUAAUCCUGCUAGACGCAGUAAGGGUCAUCUACAAAUAUCAAUAUGUAUAGGCACUCACCUGUUAGAAACCCGAGGUCCAAAGGAAUUAAGAUAAAACAUGUUUUGCAAGGUUUUUUGUUGCUUGCGAUUUGCUUCUGGUUAAUCUUUCAAGUCAAAAGGUCUCAUGACAAGAAGAAAGAGUUUGAUGUUCAUGAUAACAAGAUCUCUUUGAGUACUAGUACACGAGGUAGUGAUGAAAUUGUUAAAUUGGGAAGAAAAGAUAUCCAACCAAAAAUAGAGGAAACAAUAAAGGAAAAUGAAAUACAUGAAGAAACACAAGAAGAUGAAGAUGAACAUGAGGAACAUGAAGAUACCAAGCAUGAGGAGGAAGAUCAAGAAGAAGAUAAGUUUGAGGAGGAGAAAGAUGACGGAGGAGGAGGUGGGGAUGACGAGAUUGAUGAAAAUGAACAAGAAAAGUCGGAUGUUGAGAUUGACCGUGAAGAGGUUGACAUCAUAGAUGAAGAUAAGGAGACUGAAGAGCGUGAAGAGAAGGAAACUGAAGAGAAAGAUGGUCAAAGUCAAAGUCAUACUGAAAACGGGGAUUCUACAGUUAACCAUGAUGAAGAUGGAUCCACUGUACAUACAAACGAGGCCCGUGAAGAAAAUUACAAGGCAGAUGAUGCUUCUAGUGCAGUUACUCAUAAUGGUCGCAACCUGGGAACCGAAAAUGAAAGUAAGAAUGGAACUUCAGAUAACUCAAGUGGAGAUGUUGGUCUAGUUGAUAAUGGUCAAACAUCCGAAAACACAACUUCUUCAAAUGUCACCGUGACUCAAGAAAAAGACUAUGAAUCUAUUGUUACUUCCUUAAAUGCUACAUCAUCCGUAAAUUUCCAUGAUAAUGGGCCUCCUUCAGGUACUUCUGUGAUGACCUCUGAUUCCACCGAAUCUCAUAACAUCACAGUUUCAGCGGAGCAGGAUGGUAACUCAAGCGUUGAUGCUUCUGUUGGUAAUCAGUUGGUUCCUAAUACGACACUCACAGAAAUAACAGAAGGGUCAUCUAAUUCAACCGAUGAUACUGAAGAGAAAAGUUUGGAUCCUUCAAAAACAGAGGAUGGAACUAAUGAAGGUGAUAGUGAAGGUGAGAAUUUGGACACUAACAACGUAACAGAAGGAACAGAAGUGAUUUUGGAUUCAGAUGGCAUUGAACGUGAUGCUAUCGAUUCCACUGAUCCAUCACAUUUAGAAGAAAAAGAGGUACGGACGGAUCUAGACACAUUGCCCGAGAUCGAAACAGAGGGUAGCAACAGUGAAGAUACUGCUGCAGAAUGAAACACGACGAAAAAGGUUUUUUUUUGGAGAUGUUAUUGUAUUAAUUUAAAAUUUGUAAUUCUUAUUUCCAACUUGUUUUCCUUCAGAACUUGUUGGUUGUGUGAAAUGUUGGUCAAAAAUGUAGGCUGCUAGUCAAUAUUAAUAGCCCUUUGGUUUGUAAAA